AUGUAUUGGUUCCCCCUCUUGGUAGUUACACUUACUGCAGCUAAUCAAGUAUUGUUGAAACCACAGGACGAGGAUUCAUUCCCCACCAGUAGGACUAUACAGGACGAUAUUAUUUGUGAGGGCGACAGCUGCUAUCCAAUCGAUUUCCAGCCCAAAGAAGAGUGGCAAGAAGUUAAGGAGCUACAGCGUAUUCCAGGUGGACUAGAAGUUCGUAUAAACUUGAAAACGGGCGAGAAAGAAGCGAGGUUGUUGAAUUCAGAGAUGUCUUCAGAAUCAUAUGAUAAUCAGGCGGCGGGUUUGCAAAUGGUUGACGAUUCAUCUGAGUACGAGUUCUCCACCCAAUUUCAGCACAUAAGGGAGUCGCUGCUACCUACAGCACCUAAUUAUAAGGAGAUAGAGGACCAGCUAGAAGAUUUGGUGGAAUUUGCUUCUGACUACCGGUUUGGCCUUAAAUGCGUUAAUCAUGAGUUCUUUUUGCUACGUUCCAUCGUUUUAAACCGUGCUUUGCCAACUGAGGUGAAGGAAACUGCAGUAAGGUUUCUUACAGCUGCCUUAAGGAACAAUAUACCUGCUAUUGAAGUCGUGAACACUAGAGACCCUAGUUUUGCGCAUUCAUUGCUGAACGAGGCUGCGCAUUAUAGCGAGGAAAAUGGCAGCAAAGAGAAUGUUUUGAUUAGAAGGUACUUGUCUAUUGUGGAAGUUUUAACUAAUAAUGAGUCUUCCUUGAUUGUGAGCGAAGACGCCUUGAUGAAAAUCUACAACGUUGAUGAUGAAGCUGUAAGAAUAAAGGUUUUGCUGCUCGUUUCACGGUUCCACCUUCUAGAAGAGUCUAAUCCUGUGGCAUACAAAGCGUAUCUAGAAUCGCCGAACGCCGAAGAGUGGAUGAAGAGAAUUGCUACGUUUAUUCCUAUGCCAGCUCUUGACGAGUUUCAGGUUCGUGAACUUUUCAAGGGGUUGUAUCACUACAAGAAGGGAAUAGGUCGUCCAGUCAAACUAGGCAGCAAUUUUAUUAACUGGCUUGCUGACCAAUGCGACGAAAGAAAGGAACAAGUCGCUAACAAUAUAGAAGAGAGGGACCCUGAUAAGCGCGAGUUCGACAAGUUGUUGAUUAUCAGCAGGCAUUUGGUAUUUGGAAACCCAAUGGCACAUCGAAUGAAAAACUUUGACCACGAUGAAUUAUAG